GUCGGCCGUCGCUAGCGCUGCUCGCUGUCAGCUGUCUCACAAGCUCGGCAGAACCUGCCGCUCGGCCACAGCCGCCGCCGGAGGGGAGACAGCUAACUAGCUAACCCAGCUAGCUUAACGCCAGAAAACGUAGCUAAACCGAACACACGAGUCCCUGCUCGGGUUGGGAAGCCAAGUGAGGCACGCUGCGCCCGGGGCGGAGAGAAAUGGGCGAUAAAUAAAGAAUAAAAGUGACGACGUUCAACGUGGGAGUGUCACAGCCCGAAUCCCCCACUCUCCGCCGCCGCCGCCGUGUUGUUGUUGCUGUUAGCAUAACUAGCACGGCUGCUGUCCUGUCUGUCUGCCUACCUGGAGCGCUCACUCGUUCGCGUCGUUUCGGCGUGAUUCCGUGGAUUUAACCCUAAAAUAACGCAAAUUAAAGCCAAAGAAGACCCUCAGCGGAAGGUUAGUGAAGCCUCACAAAUGCUAGCGGUGUCUGCGGGGACGAGGAGCCGCGCUAACCCCGCUCAGCCCCUGGAUAAAGACUAAUGACACACGCCUGCCCGCCCGCCUGUCCGCCUGGCAGCCGCUCGCUUAUUCACUCAUGCUUGUCUCUCGCUUUGGGUUAAAGCCUUGCCUUUAAGCGAGUUAAGCGCUGGAAAGGUGCAGCUGAAGCCGUGGAAGCAUUAAUGCUGUCGACAGUCACCCCUGACCUGUCUCCAGAGAGCCCUCUACUCGGCACCCUCCCGCUCCCCCCACCCCGCUCUCGUGCGGCUGGCAGCGGAGCCGGCGCUGCCCCUCCACACUCGGCGCCGCUUGUGCGGUCCCACCGCAAGCGCAGCGGAGAGGCCGGCUGCGGCAGCCCCCCAGCCCACGGCGCCAUGGAGGUCGGCAUGCGGGUGGUGCGCGGCGUCGAUUGGAAAUGGGGCAACCAGGAUGACGGCGAGGGCCACGUGGGCACGGUGGUGGAGGUGGGGCGCCAGGGCAGCACCACCACGCCUGACAAGACUGUGGUGGUGCAGUGGGACAGCGGCACACGCACUAACUACCGCACGGGCUAUCAGGGCGCAUUCGACCUGCUGCUCUAUGACAAUGCACAGAUAGGUGUCCGCCACUCAAACAUCAUCUGUGACAGCUGUAAGAAACACGGCAUCAUGGGAAUGCGAUGGAAAUGCAAGGUGUGUUUCGACUACGACCUGUGCACACACUGCUAUAUGAACAACAAACACGACCUCUCGCAUGCCUUUGAGCGCUACGAGACUGCGCACUCGCAGCCAGUGAGCUUGGCGCCGAGGCAGAACCUCUCUCGGAUCAUUCUUAAGGGAAUCUUCCAGGGCGUGAAGGUGGUUCGCGGACCCGACUGGGACUGGGGCAAUCAAGACGGAGGAGAGGGGAAGAUCGGGAAGGUGGUGGAUAUUCGUGGCUGGGAUCAGGAGUCGGGGCGCAGCGUUGCCAGUGUCACCUGGUCUAACGGAACCACCAACGUCUACAGGAUGGGUCACAAGGGCAAGGUGGACCUCAAAUACGUGUCUGACGGACAAGGAGGCUACUACUAUAAGGAGCACCUGCCCAAGCUAGGUGAACAUGCAGAGCUGCAGAGACAGGAAAGUGCUGAUGGUCACACAUUCCAGCAAGGUGAUAAGGUCAAAUGUCUGCUGGAGGUGGAUAUCCUCAGGCAGAUGCAGGAGGGUCAUGGAGGCUGGAAUCCAAAAAUGGCAGAGUACAUCUGCAGAAUCGGAACAGUGCACAGGAUAACAGACCGAGGGGAUGUCAGAGUUCAGUACAGUAACAAUAUACGCUGGACUUUCCACCCUGGUGCGCUGACUAAGGUAAACACGUUUGCAGUAGGAGAGCUGGUGAGGGUACUGGAUGAUAUUGAGAGUGUGAAAAGGUUACAAGCCGGCCAUGGAGAGUGGACAGACAGCAUGGCGUCUGCUCUGGGUCAGGUUGGAAAGGUGCUGAAGGUGUAUGCAGAUGGUGACCUGCGUGUGGCGUUUGGAGGACAAACCUGGACCUUCAAUCCGGCCUGCUUGUCUGGCCAGCCUGGGGAGGUGGAUGCUAAUCUGAUGACUGCUGAGAACCCCAGCGAAUCAGGAAGUACGGUCAUUUCUGUGCUGGAGAAGCUGCUGUCGCAGUCCACGGAGCAGGAUAACCCCGGGCGCCUGGUUAUCGAGGCUGCACACGGCAGCGCCACCAAAGUCCGAGAGCUGGUUCAGAAGCAUCCCGACAAGGUGGAUAUAAAGAACCAGGGAAAGACGGCCCUGCAGGUGGCCGCGCACCAGGGCCAUAUGGAAGUAGUGAAGGUCUUGCUUCAAGCCAACAGCAGCAUCGAAGCGAAGGACGAGGAUGGAGACGCAGCGCUCCACUACACAGCGUUCGGGAACCAGGCAGAGAUAGCUCGUCUGCUGCUGAGCAAAGGGGCCAAUGUCAACCUGCUGAACAAUUCCAUGUGCACGGCUCUCCACAUCGCGGUCAACAAGGGCUUCACCGACGUUGUGAGGGUGUUGACGGAGCACUCGGCUGACGUUAACCUGCAGGACUCGUAUGGCGACACGCCGCUGCACGAUGCCAUCGCUAAGGACUUCAGAAGCAUUAUUGAAAUCCUGACUGUGGUGCCCAACAUCGACUUCACUCAGCAGAACAACCGGGGCUUCAACCUGCUGCACCACGCUGCCCUGAAAGGCAACAAACUGGCGACAGAGAUGAUUUUGUCUCGUGCCCGGCAGCUCGCCGAUGUUAAGAAGGAAGAUGGUUUUUCUGCUCUUCAACUGGCUGCUCUAAACAACCACAGGGAUGUGGCUGAGAUCCUUGUAAAAGAGGGUCGCUGCGACGCCAACAUCCGCAACAACCGUAACCAGACGCCGCUGCAGCUGGCGGUGACGCAGGGCCAUGUAGCGCUGGUGGCUCUGCUGGUGUCUGAAGGAGCCGACGUUAACGCCGAGGACGAAGAGGGAGACACAGCCAUGCACACAGCACUCAGCCGCCAACAGCUCACCAACAUGCUCAGCACCAGCGAGAGAGAGGCAUCUGCACUCUACUGCCGGCUGAGCAGCUCAGGGCUGUUGGGGAACACAGAGCUGAAUGUUGGUGCCGCCAUUGCCUGCUUUUUAGCCCAAGAGGGCGCUGACAUAAACUACGCCAACCAUAAAGGCAAGAGUCCUCUGGACCUGGUAACGGACAGCACCACACUGCAGCUCAUCAGGAGCUUCUCAGAGAAACACCGGCUCCAGCAGCUGCAGGCUAUCACAUGUGGAACGAGCAGUAGCAGCAGCAGUCUGCGGCGGGUUCACACCACGCCCAACACCAUGACCAACCUGGCCAUGCCGAGCGCUCCAGGCCCCAGCGAGUGCCUCAUCUGCUCCGAGCUCGCACUACUCGUCCUCUUCUCCCCGUGUCAGCACAGUGUCGCCUGUGAAGAGUGUGCUCACAGAAUGAAGAAAUGCAUCAAAUGCCAGGUCACAAUCACAAAGAAAAUACGACAAGACCAAACAGAGGUGGAGUGCAGUCCGAACUCUGAUAACUCGGAGCAGCACAACCUGCUGGAGCAGCUGCAGUCGCGCUACAGACAGAUGGAGGAGCGCAUCACAUGCCCCAUCUGCAUCGACAACCAGAUCAAGCUGGUCUUCCAGUGCGGCCACGCCUCCUGCAUCGACUGCAGCGCCGCCCUCAAAACCUGCCCCAUCUGCCGGCAGACCAUCCGCGAGAGGAUCCAGCUCUUCGUCUAACGUGUGUGUGUGUAUAUAUACAUACACACACACACCCACACACAUACUUGGACGUGUGCGUUUUACUACAAGCUGCUGGAUGUGUUAUGGCUGUCGGUACUUGUCAGCCGAAACAAGGAGCGGAGGAGGGGUCUGCUGUGAUUAGCCAGCCAAUCAGAUGUUUCUGUGCUUCUUCAUUAUCAGCAUCACCGUCAAGAUGGAUGAAAGCCACACCCACUUUUCCUUUACUUCAUCCUGUCAUGUUGAAGAGGAUAUAUAUAUAUAUUUUAAACUGGCACCUGUGCUAAACAGAAGAAGAUGAUGUGCAGAAGAUUGUGGAUUAUGCAGAGACAUUGAUAGCAUGUGUGUAUUUUUGUGUGUGUGGAAGCAUUUGCUUAUUAAUUCAUCAGCCUAGCGCUAAACACACACGCGCGCGCUCGCACACAAUCUCACACACACAGACACACUCAGUGCUGUCCGUCACAGCUCACCAGCCACAAGCGAAAUGACUCACUAUUAUCCCCGAGACUUCCCUCUGCAGAGAGGCGACCCAUUAAUCCUUAAAAUUGCUUUCUGUAAGAUUUACUCCUUAUUUUCUGUUUAAUUAGUUGCUGAUUGAAUUAUUCGCCCUCGUCUGCCUGACAGUGUUUUGUGGUUGAACUAGCUCUAAAAUGUUUACAGACUGGAAACAGUACAAUAUUCUUCAAUAAAUUAAUAAAAACAUACAAAAAAAAAAACACCAAAGACAUCUGACUGACUGGACGGAUGGAUAAAGGUUAAGCGUUCAGAUACGUCACGGCUCAGUAGAUUUGGAGGUGUUGUUUUGCAUGUAAGCAAUAGAUAGAUAGAUAGAUAGAUAGAUAGACAGUGUUUUAAAUCUUACAGACUGCAGCUUUAAGCGGUCCACAGUGAUACAGCCAUCUGUACUGUGAUGUAUGACUAUUGCUUGUUCGAGGGUGAUGGUGUACUGUCCCUCUAGACCCCCAAAGGCUUUCCACAAGCAAGGGAUAUACAAUGCAUGCUGAUAUGCAUAUUAUCUAUACGAUAUAUUGUGUGACAUGGGUUACAUUUGUGGUGUUCAAAGGCAAUCAGUCUCUCUCUCUCACUUUUAUUUAUUAUUAUUAUUUUUUAAAUAAUAAUAUGUGUGUGAUUGCAUUGCAAGCGUGUCGCCCUGAGGUCAAAUGAAGGGUUCCAAGCACCGAAGAUUGCAGCACUACAUGUUCUUUGUUUUUAUUUAUUUCUCUGGUCAUCUCUGGUUCUCAUCUCCAAAUAGAAUCUCACAAAAAAAUGAAAGGUCAAUUACUUUAUCUGUUUACAAAACGUGACUUUACUUGACCUUAAAUAUAAGACACUAAAUGAUGGAACAGCUGGCCAGGUGUUCGCAGCACAAAGCCACUUUUUUAUUUUUAUUAUUUUUUUUUUUAUUUUAUUUUUUUUAUAACUGAACCCGGUUCCCUCUGUAGUGCAUACAGAGAUUAAACCAAAUGAGACGCGGCAUCUAAAUUGUGCAGAACAUCAAACAUACAUUAAUCAGCCAUAACAUUAACGCCACCUCGUAUCUCCAAUCACUGUGUGACAUUGUAUCAGUUAUUUUAACAUAAAGCAGCACUUUGUAGAUUUAUAUUUACUGACUGUAGUUUGUAUACCUGCAAUGUAUCUGUUUCUCUGCAUACUUUUAUUAUUAUCCUCCUUUUACCCUUUUGUUCAAUACUCCACCAUACCAUCAGAGCAGGCUGUGACAUGGUGCUGGUACGAAUGGAUCACACACAGCAGUGCUGCUUAAGUUCUUAAACAGUUUGGUGUCGCCAUUGGACUGAUAAUAGAUCCACCAACCAGAAAUAUCCAACCAAUUGUACACAAGUUUCCUUUAGGCAGUGUCUGUGGUGAUCUAUCCUGUGGGGUUGUGACUAAGAAUGUCCCCUAAUCCAAUCACUUAAUUUUCAAAGGAUGGGAAUCAGGAGGAAAAGAUCUGGAUUACUGAUUUAUCAAAAAAAUGUAACAUUGCGUUGUUACUCCACGAGUUAGACUCUGCUGCACUCACGCAGCUACACUUGUGUUUAUUUCCUCCAUUAAAGCUUUUAUUAAAACUCCAAUAUUAUAAAUAAUGUAAAAAGUUUUGUUUAAAUCUAAAAAAAAUCAUAAAAUCAAAUGGACUUGGAUAAAAUGGAGCAAAUAAAAUGUGAUCGGGACAUCCCUAGUUCAGACUCUUAAAGAACACAGUGAAAGAAAGAUAAUAAUAAUAAUAAAUUAUGCAGAGAAACAGAUGAAGAACUACAGUCUGUAAUUAAUAUACAACUACACAGUGAACUAUAUGGCAAAUAUAGCUGAUAUCAUAUAAUAAAAUACAAUACACAAGAAAGUGUAGAAACAAGCGAGUAGGUGGUGCUAAUAAUAAUGUUGUGGCUGAUUGCUGUAUGACAUCCCUCAUAAUCUGGUAUUGAGUGGUCAUGUGUGGAACACAGAAGUUUUGAUCCAUUAUGUCCAGUUUAGCUUUCUUAAUUUGUAUUUAUUUUUUGAUGCUGUUCUGCAGUCAUCCUAUAACCCACUUCUGCACUGUUUGAUUAUUAUACCAUUUAAUUUAAAGCGGGUUGGACUGAUCUUGUCACCCCAGACCUACUCCUGACUUGUUGAUGCUGGAUCCUGAGCUUAAACGCUGUACCUGGGCAACCCCACGAAGUCCAUCAUCGUCGUGCUGUGAGGAGGAACCCGGUGCAGAACGGGUGAACCGCUUCACGACUUCACGCAUGGAUUAUCUCCCAGUAUCUUACUGUCCUUUCUGUUAUUUUCCUUACAACAAUUCUAAUGUAAACUGUGCGUUAUUAGAAUGGCAAAAAAUGUUUGUCAAGAAUUGUCUUCAGUCGUCUUCAACCACUCUCCCUCUAACCUGUUAAGAGUGAAAACAGUUCAAACAGCUGCAUCCCCUGUAUAGUACUGAAAAAAAAAAAAACAUUACGUGUUUUGUUCCAGAAGGGCUUACUUAUUGUAUGUUGAAAAAAAUCAAUUUUAAUCUUUACACUUUAAUUUUGUAUUAUAUUCAGUGUCCUGCAUCUUUUUUUUUCUUUUCUUUUUUUUUUUUUGUAGAUGCCACUUUCAGGAUAGCCAAUACUAAGAUGUAUAUUUGAAUGUCAGUAACGGUAUCCUGCUGUACUUCGCCUGCUGCGAUAUAGCUUUAGAAUGCUAGCCAAGCUCGUGAGAAUCGAGACUCUAAACACCAGUGCCAAACUUGUGCCACCGUGUGUGGAAAAAGCUCCAUGCCAUGUCACGCUGCACCACACCAAACCACUCACUUUAGUUCACAAGAGUGUCGCUUCUGUGCAAAGCCUUUGUAAUGUAUUAUACUGACUGAUUUGUGCAAAUGAUCAGAUUUAACCACCCUGAAGUUCUGAAGACAUUGAUAUUGUUUUUUAUGGUGAUUCUGCAAAACUGGAGUUUUGAGUAGAUUUAUUCCCCACCUCUUCUAUUUAAUUCUAAAAGAAAAAAAAAACGGAAACAUCAAAACAAAAACAAGCCUUCAUAUAUAUAUAUAUAUAUGGAAUGAUUGUAACAUUUUAAGGUUAUCUAAGGUAUUUGCUUAUGGUUCACAAAAACAACAAACAGUAUACAUUAUUUAGUGGACGACUCAGAACUAUGGGAAGCCAUUUUUAGUAAACGGCACUAAAAACCUCACGACGAGACAAGCCGACUCUGUCGUGUUAUAGCGUAGUUUACCUUUUAACACGCAUUUAACACAAAAACUGCAGUAAGAAGUAACUAGCAAGACUGAUCAGCUGCAUUGUGGCAUGCAUAUUAUAUAACAUUUAAAGAAUGUUCUUAAUCACUUCAUCAGUGAAUAAAACAAGUGGGUUUUUUUUUCAUUGUCCUAAAAACACUCUUGUGAGGCUAAAUAAGCUUGAUGGUAAUUACAGUCCAUUCUGGAAUGGUUCAGUAUGUAGAAAUUCUGCUAUCUUGCUAUCAAGAUGCAAGCAAGAGGUUAGCGCGCAUGUGUGUAAGUGUGUGUGUGUGUGUGUGUGUGUAGUGGUUUGUAACGGGAUUAGAGCUAGAACUGACUUGAGAGAAGAUAAACCAGCAUUAAUAAAAUCAUUCUGAUAAUCACCCUUAACUGCUGAACUGUGACCACAGUUUUCUUCAGAAUCCUGAGGGAUUACUAUGUAUCGUAUUAGGAGAGCCUGUUUAUUUAUGAAUGCUAUGAAUCCAUGCAUUUAAUUGGCAUCGAAAUCUUAUCAUAUUGUCACAAUCAGUAAAUGUGAAUUAGAUGCAAGUUGGCAGCAGACAAAUGAGGGAAAAUAAAAUGCUAAGUUCAAAAUGAUAUGUUGGGUUUUGCUUCCAGGACCGUGUGUUCAAAGAUUAUUUAAGCAAAAAUGUGUUAAUGUUGAUGUCUGUACAGUUCAGCACACUGAGUUCUGAUGUUGGCCUUACUGUCCAUUCCUUUCUUUUUUCUCCUUUUUUUUUUUUUUUGGAAGUUUUACUCUGUACAAAAUAUUUUGCAAUAAAUAUGAAACUGUUUUAUAAAGAUGGAA